UGGGAGCAACACACAAGUGCGCACCGGUGCAAGCCAUGCUGGCCAUGCGGCUGUGGCUGAGUCUGGCGCUGGUGGUUGCGGAAGAUGCAGCACCCUUCCCCUUCCUAGAGGAGGGCUACUGCAGCUCUUCGAAGGAGCCCUAUAGCGGGUCCUUCGAUAUUGGCUCCAUGGACUGCACGCAGAUCAUGGAGUUCGUUUACGUGGCCAGGCAGAAGCUGCGUGGGCGCUUGGAGGGCCUCCUGGCAGAGGCCAACGCCACGGCGCUGCCCGCCAUCCGCACCCUGCGCAGCAGCUCUACCGCCUCGUCCCUGAUCUCCGCCCACGUGCACAUCAUCACUGCGGUGGCCUCGCAGCGGGCGGAGUGCUUCUCCGAGCAUGUGCGGCUGCUGCUGACGGUGAGCUUGAGAAGGAUGAAGCCGCUCACCAACCUGCAGAUGAAGCAGCUUUGGCACGCUGCCCAGGACGGCCUGGCCGGCCGCGACGCGGAGCACUUGGAGCGGCUCAAGGCGUGGCUCACCGAGGCGCUGACGUUGCUGGAGGCGGACCUCCGCACACUGCGCACGGUGCUGCAGACCUGGCGCCCCCCCUCCGCCACGGAGAGCCGCUUCUACUCGCACGAGGCAGACGGCCGCUUCAGCACCAUGGAGGCCUUGCGCCGGGAUACCUUCGAGGAGUACCAGCUGGACAAAGGCCUCCUGCAGGGCCUCCUGAAGCUCUUGCCCCGCGACGCCUCGGUGGCGGACUUCGGCGCCGGCGCCGGGCAGUACGCCAAGUGGCUCAACGACACAGGCUUGGUGUCGGCCACAGCCUUCGACGGAUCUCCAGACAUCCACCUGGUCACCCGGGGUGUGGUGAACCUCGCGGAUCUCGGCAAACCGCUGCAACUCUGGCGGAGGUUCGACUGGGCUCUGUGCCUGGAGGUGGCCGAGCACAUCCCCGCGGAACUCACCGCCACCUUUCUGGACAACUUGGAUCGGCACACGGACCAGGGCCUCGUCAUUACCUGGGCGCGCCCGGGAUUGCAGGGCCUCGGCUCUGCCAACCCGCUCUCGCAGGAUCAGGCGCUAGCCUUGAUCCGGCAACACACCACCUUCACGGAGCUGAACGAGGAGCUCACAGCAGCGCUGCGUGCUUCCUGCUCCAUUCCGCACCUAGCUGACACGCUCCUGGUCAUGACACGCCCGGGCCAGCCAGCGGCAGCUGCGGCUGCUCCGGAGGACACCAAAGCGGCGUGCAACGCCGAGCAAGGCUGGAUCUAUGCGGGGAACGAUGUGCAGAUGUUCAACGCAGUAAAGUCCGCGUCAGCAUGUUGCGAGUUGUGCAAUAGCAACGAGAACUGCCGAUUCUGGACUUGGAGCAGGGAGGAGAGCCACAAGGAGCUUUGUUGGAUCAAGGCGACGAGGGAGUACCGCAUCAGUCAUGCCGGAUUCAUCUCCGGCACACGCGACAGCAGCUGAGCUCUGGGGAA